CGGCAUUCUUCGGAGGUAGCGCAUUGAGCUGACUUUACCCACAGGGACGUCCGGAUUUUUUCAGCGGUGUAAUGGUUACACCCCAGCGUUACAAGGCCAAUGCAACACAACAUUGGUUUUCCCCUUUAAAGGAAGAUUCAUAUCCGAGUUAAUUGUCGCUGUUGUUCAUCAUGCUAAGAUCAGAUAACCGCACUUAUAAUCUACGACAUCCGGUAAAUGUAAUUGAUGUAGGCUACCACUGAUGAGAGUUCUUUGUAUCUGCGACACUUCAGAUUAAAGACAUCUCCUAGCCGCCUUUUAUGUCUCAUGAGUCUCUGGUAUUUUGCAUCAUAUUUCACAGCGUUGGUUUCCCCGAGUUGAACCUGGUAAUCGGUCACGUGCCAUCUGAAAAUAUACCAAUUGAGCUGCAAGUUCAACCGAGGCCCCUAUUCAUCUCUCUCUACGAAGCUUCCACCAGAACGAUAUGACAGUGCCCCAUCACAAGACCGAUACGUUGUCCCUUAGUAAUUCGCACUUCCUUCCCAUCCACCUAGAUAACCCUGAGCCGCACGUCCAUCAGCUGCCAGUGGAACUUUUACAGCAAAUAUUUUUGCUCGUUGUCAGCGACUCGGACCUCUCAGACUGGCCUAGUAUCUUCAAAAUGAUAAAUGCCUGCACCUCGAGAAUUUUUUGCAGCCCUCCUAUAUUCCUCACCCGGGUGUGCCACCUUUGGCGAGUUGUCGCACACUCAACGACAGAGCUUUGGUCGUGCAUCCAGGUGACGCUUCCCGGUGAAGCCAAACGAUCCAAGCCGUUCCCCCCAUGCCUGCUUCAAUGCUGGCUCGCCCGCUCUGUUAGCCAGCCUCUCACCAUUCGCAUCAAUCGAAUCAGGUUACCAUAUCGUCUCUACAAGUAUGCCAAGCGCAAAGUUAUACGUGGUUACUGCCCACUUUCCCAGGCAGAUUUUCGACUUCUCGAGAUUCUUCAGUCCGAAAGCAGGCGGUGGGAAACGGUGGUUGGUGCGUCAUGUGGAGGCGAAUGGCCCAGAUCUAAGUUGGAUACGCCACAAUUGAAAACCUUGGAAUGUAGCUGGUCAGUUCUUGGUAAAUUCAACGCACCAAAUCUCCGUCAGCUACGCAUCAGCGAGGGGAUGGCUGGCGUUCUUAUUCCUAUCUACAAAAAUUUACGACAUCUUCAUCUCCAAUGGGCUUCCCCCAGUACUAUCCGCUCCGUUUCAGUGACUUCUCCUAAUCUGGAGACAAUCGUGGUGGAGGGCUUAAUCGGCGAUUGUUGUCGCGCUACAAGACAAUCGGUCACGUAUUCUUGUCUUGAAUCAUUGACUCUCCUUUUGCCCUGGAAUUGGCACUGGUUCACCGAAAUAUUCUACGACCUCCAUAUUCCUGUGUUACGGAAAUUAACUCUAGUGGGGUGCCCAACCAAAUCAGGGGUUGAUGGUAUUAUGGAUGCGCUGGCAGUUACUGCAACUUGCAACUUGCAAGUGAUAGACUUUCAGCCAACCACGCUCGAGGAUGAAGUAGAUGUGGAUGUGGUUGAGCCGUUGCUUUCAGUUGUGAGGGAGAUUUUGGUCCGUGGGGUGUUGCUCCGAUGUCGCGCCCCGCACAAUUAGUCAUGCGGACCUUGUAUGCCCUACUGCUUUGAAACAGCACGAGCAUUGCAACUUGGAAAGUUUGUUACGGUAGGGGGAGCGGUAGGUCAUCGUCGAACACACCCAUGCAUAACGCAGUUCACGACGAGUCUAGGAGGAAAAGCUUCCUGACAGUCUCACUUGGGUUUCUGGCAUUUUUAUAUAGGUAUGUGGCUAUAUGACAGUACAAGUAGUAGUGCACAAUAUGAAUGAAUUGUUCUUUUGCGUCGUGUUAGUCACUAGCGGUGCACGAUGCGUGUUGACGCGCUCGAAC